AACUUGAGAAAGGAGGAGGCCAUUCACUAGCCUGUUUUAGCUACACACACCUAGCUACUGCUAGCUAACCGGCGGCUAACGAGCAAGCUAAAACGCCAGUUUGGCUUAAUGUCGCCUGUCUCAUCAAGUGAUGGCGAGAGAACAGUGUUCACAGACCGAAGCGGAGCUGUAUUACCUCGUUGCCAGAUUUCUGCAGUCCGGGCCUUGUAAGAAAGCAGCACAGAUUCUGGUCGAGGAGCUGGAGGAGUAUGAGUUGGUUCCUCAACGAUGGAGCUGGGACGGGCAGCGAUACAAACGGACCUUCCAAGACUGGGUGACUUUGAACCAGCACAUUCCUGCGGACUAUCUUCUCCGUGUUUGUCAGCGGAUAGGCCCGCUUAUAGAGAAGGAGAUCCCACCUAGUGUUGCUGGCGUCCAAACACUUCUGGGGCUAGGAAGACAGUCCUUGCUUCGCACCACCAAAAGUUGUAGCCACAAAGUAUGCAGUGGCUCAGCUGUUGCUGCACUCCACAGAGGACGUCCACCCGAACCCCCGGUCAGCGAUGGAGAUGCUCCCAGUGUUGUGUCCAUCAUGGGUGCUCGACAGGCCUCAGGCACGGCUCGUUUUGGUCAAGCCUUGCCGUCUUCCUCCUACCAACACAUGAAGAUACACAAACGCAUCCUUGGCCACCUUUCCUCAGUCUACUGUGUAGCGUUUGAUCGCACUGGUCGUCGGAUAUUUACGGGUUCUGAUGACUGCCUGGUGAAAAUCUGGGCCACAGAUGACGGUCGGCUCCUGUCGACACUUCGCGGCCACUCUGCGGAGAUCUGUGACAUGGCUGUCAACCAUGAGAAUACUCUCAUCGCCUCGGCCAGCUGUGACAAAGUCAUCAGAGUGUGGUGCCUACGUACAUGUGCGCCCAUCACUGUUCUGCAGGCCCAUGCUGCCUCCAUCACAUCCAUACAGUUUUGUCCCGCUGUCAAAGGGACAACGCGUUACCUAGCCUCCACAGGUGCAGACGGCAUGGUGUGUUUCUGGAAGUGGCACUCCCUCAGCAUGAAAUUCAAUGAUCAACCAGUCAAGUUUGUGGAGCGGUCACGUCCAGGAGUACAGGUAGCCACAUCCUCCUUCAGUAGUGGUGGCAUGUUCAUGGCUACUGGUGGCACCGAUCACAUGAUCAGAGUCUAUUACCUUGGUGCUGAAUCUCCAAUGAAGGUCUCUGAGAUGGACGCCCACACUGAUAAAGUUGUUGUUGUGCAGUUUAGCAAUAACAGUGACAGCCUACGGUUUGUAAGUGGCAGUCGUGAUGGCACAGUCAGGAUCUGGCAUUACCAGCAACAAGAGUGGAAGAGUGUCUCUUUAGACAUGGCUGCCAGGCUGCCUGGGAAUACCGUUGUCAAUGGAGAUGAUAAAACUAAGCUGGUGGUGACCAUGGUGGCUUGGGACCGUGCAGAUAACACAGUCAUCACAGCAGUGUCAAACUACUUGCUCAAAGUGUGGAGCACAACCUCUGGACAGCUGCUGCAUGUUUUAUCUGGUCAUGACGAUGAGGUGUUUGUGCUGGAGGCUCACCCAUUUGACUCCCGCAUCAUGCUAUCCGCCGGCCACGAUGGCAACAUUUACAUGUGGGACCUGACCAGAGGAAUCAAGAUCCGCAACUUCUUCAACAUGAUUGAAGGGCAAGGCCACGGUGCUAUUUUUGACUGCAAGUUCUCGGCUGAUGGGCAGCAUUUUGCCUGCACUGACUCGCACGGCCAUUUGCUAAUCUUUGGCUUUGGCUGCAGCAGACCCUAUGAGAAGAUUCCCGACCAGAUGUUCUUUCACACGGACUACCGACCUCUUAUUCGGGACUCGAAUAACUUUGUCCUGGAUGAGCAGACGCAGCAGGCCCCUCACCUCAUGCCCUCACCCUUCCUCGUGGAUAUUGAUGGGAAUCCUCACCCUCCUUCCUACCAGCGCCUGGUGCCAGGAAGAGAGAAUUGCAAGGAGGAUCAGCUAGUACCUCAAUUGGGAUACAUGACUAACAGUGAUGGAGAGUUGGUUGAGCAGGUACUUGGCCAGCAGACAGCAGAAAAUGGAGAAAGCCUAUUGGACAAUCUCAUCAGACAGUUGCAGAAUGAGCAAGAUGAGCGUCAGAAUGAGGAGCAGCAGGAGGAAGAGGCAGGGGCUGGAGAUGCAGCAGAAGACAUGGCCUCCUCUCCAUCUGCUGGGCAGCGCAGAGGGAGGCAGGUAGAUGGGGUGUGGCAGAUGCAGCAUAAUGCCCUGCAGAGUCAAGUCGCUACAGAGAGGGACCUGCUGGCCUGGAGCCGCAGGGUGGUGGUCAAUGAAGUGCCACAAGGCAUAUUCAGAGUUUUGGAGCAGUGCCGACAAGCCAAAGGCGACAUGGAGUGUUCUCUGUACAACGCAGAGAGGAGGAAGAAACCAGUAACAUGUGCACCCAAGAGCGAUCCGCUGACCUCACGGCUUCGCUCCCUGCGGCCGACAAAGAAGAAAAAGCAGCAGCGGCACGCCUAUCAGACCCGCUCGGCUCAAGUCCGCCGUCCGGGGAGCAGGAGUCGAAAUAACAGCAACCGACGCAACUCUGACAGCCAAGCAGACUCUGAGAGUGACAGAGAUGCAUCAGAACAAGUGGAGCAAAGCAACGUCUCCUCUGAUGGUGAAGCUCAGUGGCAGAGUGAAAGCAGCUCCAGUGACUCCUCCAGUGAGUAUUCUGAUUGGACCGCCGACGCUGGUAUCAACCUCCAGCCACCAAAGCGAUCAACCAGGAGGCCUGUACAGCAGCCAGGUUACAGCAGUUCCGAGGAGGAGGAGGAAGGAGGCGACGACAAGCCAAAGGAGGCCAAGAAGAGGGAUACAGAGAAGAGGAAGAAGCCCAAGGAGACAAAACAGAAACCCACAUCCUCCCUGGCUGGACUCGAUGCAGAGGAGUGGCUGCCACCUUCAUGGAUAAUGGAGACCAUUCCACGACGUUCUCCUUUUGUUCCACAAAUGGGAGAUGAGCUCAUCUACUUCAAGCAGGGUCAUCAGGCCUACGUCCGAGCCGUCCGCAGGGCAAAGGCCUACAGCAUCAACCCUCAGAAACAGCCGUGGAACAGACUCAAUCUCAGGGACCAGGAAUCUGUAAAGGUGGUUGGAAUCAAGUAUGAAGUGGGACCUCCCACCCUCUGCUGCCUAAAACUGGCCUUCUUGGACCCAGUCUCAGGGAAAAUGACCAAUGAGUCUUUCUCUUUAAAGUACCAUGACAUGCCCGACGUCAUAGAUUUUCUAGUGCUGCAGCAGUUUUACAACGAGGCUAAAGAGCACAACUGGCAACCGGGUAUGAGGUUCCGCAGCAUCAUUGAUGACGCCUGGUGGUUCGGCUUUGUGGAGGACCAGGAGCCUCUGCAGCCGGAGUAUCCAGAUAGCCUGUUUCAGUGCUAUGCAGUGAAGUGGGAUAAUGGGGAGCGGGAGAAGAUGAGUCCGUGGGACAUGGAGCCUAUUCCUGAGGAAGCUGCGCUGCCAGAGCAGGUCGGUGAUGGGGUGGAGGUGAUGGAGGAGGAGCUGAAGGCUCUGCUCUACACGCCUCAGGAAGGAGAGUGGGGGGCUCACACACGGGACGAAGACUGCGAGAGAGCCAUCAGUGGCAUCGAUCAGCUUCUCACGCUAGAUGUAGCCAAGGCGUUCGCAUCACCAGUAAUCCUGCGGGACUACCCUCUGUACUGUACUGUGGUGGCUUACCUCACCGACCUCAGCACUGUCCGCAAACGACUGGAGAACCGCUUCUACAGGAGGAUCUCUGCAUUAAUGUGGGAGGUGCGCUACAUUGAACACAAUGCCCGCACCUUCAACGAACCCCAGAGCCCCAUCGUAGCAGCUGCCAAGGUGGUGACUGACGUUCUCCUGCACUACAUUGGGGACCAGAGCUGCACAGACAUCUUGGAUCUGUAUCACAGACUGAGUUGUGAGAUCAGCAGUGGAGGAGAAGCUGAGGCUGAGGUGGAUGUCGACUCUGACACUCCAGGGACAUCCACAGGACAUCGGGGGGCCAACUCGAAUUCCAAGAAGCGUGGCGAUGUGUUUGAUGUGGAAGCGUGGCAAAGUCAAAGUAGAGAGCUACUGCGUCGCAUGAUCGUCUCCCCAGAUUCAGAACCCUUCAGACAGCCUGUGGAUCUCUUUGAGUAUCCGGACUAUAGGGACAUCAUUGACACUCCCAUGGAUCUGGGAACAGUGUCAGAGACGGUAGUUGCAGGGAAUUAUGAAAACCCAAUGGAGUUUGCCAAAGACGUCCGCCUUAUUUUCAGCAACUCUAAAGCAUACACACCAAACAAGAAAUCGCAGAUCUAUAACAUGACCCUCAGCUUGUCGGCCUUCUUUGAAAAACACAUCAUCUCCAUCAUCUCCGACUACAAGUCUGCCCUUCAGAAUGAACGACGGGCUCGUCAGCGGCUUAGUAACAGGAGCAGGCUGCACAACGGAGGCAGUUCACCGCCUCUCAGUCCAUCCCCAAGCCCAAAAGGGAAGCACAAGUCAGGGAAGGUGUCAAGGCCGAAAAAAUCCCUGACCUCAUCGAAGAAUCGUCCGCAGAGAUGUCAGGCUCAGCAAAGCAGCAGUGUAGCAAAGGAAGAGGACAGCCCACCUUCUUCGCCAAGUUCAGGGACGAGCAGUGGGAGCAGAAACCCAGGGCUGGAAUGGGCGACCUGCAGCCAAGCUCCUCCAGUGAAGAAGUCAGGGAGAUCGAGUACUUUGCAUCUGAGCAACGGCUCCAGACAGUGCCCUGGGCGGGAAGAGAUGCAGUCGGACAAUGAUGAGGAGGCGUCUGGAUCCAACAGCUCCUCGUCAGAGUCAUCGUCCACCACGUCGUCGUCAUCGUCGUCUUCCUCGUCGUCGUCGGACAGCGAGAACAGCUCUGAUUGUGAGGGGGAGAAGUACGUGGAGGGCGGUGACCACGACUACAGCAAAGCCCCCUGUCUGUCAGUACGCCUGUUGGCGAAAGGUAAGAUGGCGGCCUCAGGUAAACGAAGACACAAGGGGGGAGAGGACAUGGCACAGAGACCUAAAAGAGCAAGAGUGCAGUUUCCGGUAGAGGAGGAGGAGGAGGAAGAUGAGGAGAAUGAAGAAGAAGAAGAGGAGGAGGAGGAGGAGCAGCAGCAGCAGCAGCAACAGGUGGAUGUAAGGCAUGAAGAAGAGGAGGAGGGAGAAGAAGAGGAGGAGGAACCUGAGGAGGAGGAACCUGAGGAGGAGGAGGAACCUGAGGAGGAGGAGCGUGAGGAGGAGGAACCGGAGGAGGAGGAGGAGGAGGAGGAGGAGGAGGCGGCACAGGGUGGAGCUGUAGCAGGGACGGCACCAGCAGCAGCUAGCAGUCUGAGAGGCAACCAGUGCAAGUCUCGGCGGGUCAACACGCGCAACCAGGGCCGCAGGACAGUUCUGUACAGGGACGAGUCAGAGGAUGAUGGCCAUGGGUCGAAGGAAGACCCCCUCAACCUGGGCAAGUCCCGCUCAGGACGGGUACGCCGUAUGACUGAAAAGGCCCGUGUCAGUCACCUCAUGGGCUGGGGUCACUGACACGCCGCCCCUUUCCAAACCUCAAUACAAAACAUUAAAAAAUACUUCAGGGAUUUUUUUUCUUUCUUUUUGUAAAAGUGUAUAUAUAUUAUAUGUUUGGUUUAUUUUUAUCUGAGCCUGCUUGCGACUCUGAUAGCUGGUGCUCACGACAUGUUGCCAAGGAGUCUCCAUCCCUGGUGGACAGAGCUACUGUUCAACACAGACCGUCUCCUACUGGACUAACUCACCUCGGCCUUACCGUUUGCUGAAGGAGCCUUUAAGACGCGGCACUGCUCUUCACUGCUCUUCCUCCUCCUGCUCAUUUCACGUCCAGAGAUGAAACACUUUGUCUGCUCCUCUUCAUACCUCCUACUACUAUUCUUACUCCUGGUCACCAAAGAAGGACGUGGAGAAACCAAAAAAUGGUGCUCACAUUUGAUUUCUCUUGUCUUUUUUUUUUCUUCUUCUUCUUUUUCAACAAGUAAUUCAGCAAAGCUCUAAUGCUGCUGGGGCGCUGUAUCACUCACAGUCACUGAUGUCAGCAAUUUUUUUGGUCUUUCCAGCCACAAGCCUUAGUUGUCAGAGCUUACAUCAUUCAGAUUCUGUUCCGUCUGUAGCUGGAGGCCGACCCGGUGUAAGUUUGGGGACGAGCGUCACCUGGGAAUCCUUGACCUCGGUCAGUAGAUUACAGCAUCAUGAUAACAUCCCUCUUGUUGUCCUACGCUUGUGACUGUUAAGUGUUUUCCCUGCUUCCUUUUACUGGUCUCUUUGGCUCUUGGAUUGACUUUUUUUUAGUUAGAACUGGGUGUGUCUAUUUUGAGUGAUUUUUGCUUUUCUAUCUUCGGUAAAUGAGGCCACUGCAUCCUGUUUGUGCUGCUGCGCUCGCUGACGGAUCAGAGCCGACGUCCACGUCACCUGCUCCACCCAGUGUGUGCAUCGCAAAAAAAGGGGUCCUUGGCCAACUCACUUCCACACAGAUGUAUUUAUUUUUCAAUUGUAAUAUACUUGGGCUAGUAGCUAUAUCAUGCAUUAAUAGUGAUGAGGAAAAGGAAAUAUUUGCACAUUUAUCGAAUCCACGUGGCAGCUGAGUAAUAAAGAUGGUAGAGAAAAAGAAAUGAGACAGCCUCAUGAUUUUUCAGUAAAAAAAAAUUGAAAUGUGCCAGCACACUCAAUUUUUUUUAACUAUAUAAUUUAAACAGGCUAUGACUUGAAAGCUUUUUUAACCUGUGUAUGGUUAAGAUGAAGGUCUAACCUAAUCGGCAUCUUUACCUUGUUUUCUUUUGGCCUAAAGCAAACGUAGCAACCGCAGAUCAGCACUUUUGUUUUGUGUGUUGAGCCCCUUUUAUUUUCCUCCCCUUGUUUCCAACUAUGUUUGGACUGAUGGGCGUCUAGUAUGGAGUAGAUCAACUACAGAUGAAUUUUAUUUUAAUUUUUUCAAUAAUAUUCUACAAUCAGGUGUCAGGUUGUUGUCAGAAUCACUGUGUCUAGUUUUAUAGUCAUGACCGAUCAAGUUUUCUUUCUCUGAACUCUCCUUGCGGACCUACGUCGUCGUGGAUGCAUCCUGUUUUGUUGCACCAACAAUGUUUACUUUAAGAGCUUGUGCACUCGUUGGCUGGCAAACCACUUAAGGGAGGGGGAACCAAAAAAAGUUGACUCGCAGGUUCUCAUUUCAACACCGGGUGCUGCAAACACACCACGUCACCACUCUGCCUGUGUGGGGUCACUGACGGGAAAAGGAGUUUAGUCGUCGGGAGGUGGAAGAGUUUGGUCGGUUUCAGGUGCUCUGAGAUAAAACCCACAAAUCGUCAUCUCGGCUGCUCAAAGUGGCCACGUUUACGGCGUCUCGAAAUGAUCCUGGUUGAGUGUUAGGAGACUAUGAUUCACAUUUUGGAAUCUUAUUUUCGUACAGUAGAGAUUGCCCUUAGUGUUGUGGCUCAAGCUCGAGAGUAGUUGAUGACGAAUACAACAGUGACAUUCUGCUAUAGGUGGAAUCAGCAUAUGUGACUGUCUUUUAUACACAAUGUUUUGAUUGUAUGUUUUUUUUAAAUAAAAAAAAAUCCUCUUAAA